ACUUCUAGCACUCUACAUUUUUCCGUACGUCAAGCUAUGUAGACCUCUACAAUGUAGACACCCUGACUCUGCUGACUCAUACCAUUGCCACGAGCGUAGAUGUGCCUUAGCAAGAGCCAGCUGCAUACGUUCUUGGUCGCGUGUGUUGCCAUACAUGUCAACCUAGCCCUUGUGAUACCUCCAAGGAUCCUCCAGUGAAGACGAUGAUUUCCUGUGAGCUGGCAUACUUCAAGACAAAGAUCUCCAUCAGAACACACAGCAGAAUGCUCCACGGCUCUCCUCGUGGGCGGGGCUAGUGAGAACGAGGGUGGAGUUCCACUGGACACAUCUUCAUCUCAAUCAUUUUGUCCCCAUCCUCUACAUACAGCUUCAGCAGUGGAGACAAAGCCAUUCUAUUCUGGCUCAACUGCAAGAGUGUGUACAGCUACUGGCAGAACCAGAGAAAGUUGCUCAAUGAAGAGGUUGCGUAUCACUGGUGUUCAUCACAACCCACUCACUCCCUCUUUACAUUGUGCAGGUCCAGAUUGCGACAGAGAAGUUUGUAGCUCAGAUCCAGUCUCGGAGACGAAGCCAGACAGCAGAAGAGCUGGAAAUGACUGUGAGGGCUCCUCUCUGGAAUUCUCCAAGCCUCGUCUGGUCCAGAUCAGCAUGACUGAUGUUGGGGCCUGCAUGCCCAUGUCUCCUGUGCUCUACACUCCGCAGACCUCACAGUCAUUUCCAGCUCUAGUGCUGACCGUGAAAGAGAUGCUGCUAGUUGCUGACCUGAGCAGACGAGUAGCCAGCUCUGGAAGCCUGUCUGGCUUCUGUCUGAGGUUUGCCAACCAGUUCACUCUGAGACAGAGAACAUGGACCACAGACCUCAAGAAGAACAAGAUGAUCAACUGCGGUAUCGUCAGCCCAGGGAACCUUCAGACUGUGUGUGGCUACAAAGAAGCAACACAGUGAACUGAUGAUUCAGUGGUUCUUUGGAGAGAAAGUGGUGUGGGCAUUUCCAAUGGGACAUGUCAGGAAUUGACGUCAAUUGCCAAUUCAGACAUUGGCCACCAUUUAUCUACCUUGGUCCGCACGGCAACAACCAUUGGCACCAGUUUGGAGGGUCAGCAACCGACUCACCUCGCCCGCACCACUGCUCCUGCCACUCCUCCCACCAAGACACCUCGCAAACUGCACAAGAGAGCCAUGUCAGAGGCAGGACCAGUCAGACACGAGCCCAGAGAGUCCACAUGGAGGAGGGUAUGACCCAAUCUGGCCAAGGGAACUAUCAACGUCUCCAACUUACAGUCUCUGGGUGCCAGUCGAGAGAGCAUCAAGAGGGAAUGGAGGUCCUGAAAGAAACAGAGCAGCAGCUGAGGAAGAACGUGGGCAAGUUGUUCAGACGACGCAGGGGCUUCUCUUUCCAGAGAAUCGCCGAGUUCUUCAAACCAACCAGUGCCGGGAGGGUGGGAAGAGGAAGGGGAGUUGGGAUGCAGAGACACUGGACUUUGAAGGCCCCUCGGAGGCUGUUCAGUGCUGGAGACUCAAGGUCUACCAUCCCGGAGGAGGUGCCAGAACUGACCCAUUCCCCAGUGAGGCAGCGAGCAAAGACACUGCCUGGAGGCAGACAUCUGCGCACUGUGUCAGAUGUGACAGAGCAGUUCACAACUGCCAGAGAUGAGGAUAGCUCUUCCCCUGGCCUCACUCCCUCAGCAACUCCAGUUCCCGGAGAAGAGGUCCCUGGUUCUCCGUUCCCUCCCACUCCAUAUUCCUCCACCCCUGCCCACCAGACCUUCUCCUUCCUGCCUCAGAAGCCAGCUGAGUCACAGCGCAGUGGACUAGUCACCUCCAUUGAUGUGGAGGUCAACAUCACAGUCAAUAUAGACAGUGGAAUAGUGAAACUGCGCUGUAAGGAAGAGAGUGUUCCAAUUCAACGGACCUCCAGUCCAAGUCUGCUUGCUCAUGCCCACUACCUGAUGCACACCUACUGUGCUUCUUCCUCCUCUCCUCUCCAGCCACGCAAGCAACAGGGCGGCUCAGCAAACGACACUAUUAUCAUUCUCAUACCAGCUCUCAGUGUUCAGGUCCACUACAAAUCUCUCAUUGGAGAGUCCUAUCAGUUCCCUUCUCCAUCCUCAUCCCUCGCGCCAUUGACCCCCCACUUCCCCGAGCAACAACUACCGAACAUUGAAAUCUCCCCAGGCACUCCAGACUCUGUGGCCCAAGCCCUGAAGAGAGGAGUACUGGCAGUGUCAGUGGUGGUUAUGUCGACUCCUGAGGACAUGACUCUUACCCCAAGUCUACUAGAGUUUGUGGAGCAGGUCGUGCGACCCACAAUCGCAGCCACAGCGGGUGGCAAAGCCGACAGCAGUAGUGAUGGGGAGAGUGAGGAGGAAAGCGAGGGAGAGGAAGAGGAGGACACUCGGGAGAAGACGGACACUCCACCCAUCUCAUUCCCAGUCGACGUCACCAUUGUGUUUCACAUGCAGCCAUCCAGAGUCUGCUUCUCCUGCCAGCCUCACUCCCAAGUCCACUGCAUUGUGUGCAGCCCCAACGUUAACUUUGUUGUUUCCUUUUCCCUCUUCUCAGCAAGAGAGGUGGAGGGAGCAGUCAUCUCCCCUACACCCCACUCGGUCGUCACCUUCAACAACCUGUUUGUGACUGGCUGCCUCGAGACCUUUACACUGCAGGUCCUCAGUCCACAAGUCUCUUCUCUGAAGCAAAAUGAGUCAGAGUCAAAGACAACAGACAAAGAGGCCCUCUCUUUAACUCUCGGGCAAGCCUUAGUUCACCUGUCCCGCAAGUCGGUGCUGGUAGCAAGCAGAAAGGGCUCUCCAGAAGCUUCUCACAGCCCAAGCAAACUUCAGGUGUCGGUGGUGGCCAGCAUUGCCAGCCUUGUGCUCGGCUAUGAUAUGCGCAGACUCAAUGACCUCACUGCAUUCCGACGAUACUGGUACAGAACUAGUCUCGUGGAGUCCUUCAUCGGCUCAAAGAAACAGCAACAGUUGGAACGCGAGACAAUGGAGGAGGGAAAGAUUGAUGGUGGCAGUGAAAGUGGAGCAGAAGAGGCUGUGGACAGCAGCACAUCAGCUGCGAUUGUGGUUUUAGCUGCAGUGGAGGACUUCAGAUUAUCCGCCAACGUGGCUCAGGUCAUGGGGAACACAGAUCUGGUGGUGACCCACCUCCAAUGCCAGGUCCAUGCUGACGUCAGCCACAAUGAGCUGGUGCUGCUGAGACUGGCAGGAAGAAUGGAGAAGGGGGAGGUGGAUGCACGAGGGGGUGUGGUGGCUGGAACUAUCCUAAUGCAGGAUGUAGUAGCCCAAGUCACUACAGAGAGUCAUUUAGGCCUGAUCCCCGUACACUCAGCUAGGAUAAGUUUGGCUGAGGCGGAGACGCGGGUGGACUACAUGAGCUCCUGCAUCUUGCUGGGCCGAGCCUCUCAGCUGGUGGUCUCUGCAAGAGAUCUGUGGGAAGGACUUCAACUGUCUGGGCAGCAGGAGGAAGCAAAAGAGGCCAACAUACAGGUAGCAGUUACUCCCUUAUCGUCCUACAGACCACUAGCCGUGUGUGCAGGUGUUAGUGGAGCUGUCGUGGGAGCAAGUGCAGCUUGCCAUCCAGAGAACAACUACCAAGUCCCUGAUGAACAUUGUGCAGAAGAUCCAAGACUUUCUGCUUCAACAGAAAAGGAGAAGUGAACGUACCAUCAGUAUCAUGCUGCCUGCAGAUACUCGGGUCUCCAAGGCCUUGGCUGCUUACCGUGAGAAGGAGAAACAAGCUGAGAAGAAGAAAGACAAAAAUGAAGUGAGCUCAGAGCACCACUGGCUGUGGGCCACCAGGUGUGGGAGUUUGGAGCUAAUGAGAACACUCGGAGUGUCCUCUCAGGCAGGCCAACACCAUGUCUCUCUGGGAGGCAAGAUCUCAGUCUCCGGCCAGAACUUCUGCCUCGUCUGCUUCCAUGGAACAUCGUUCAGGGAUCAUGAGUGGGCUGUAUUCAACAUCGACCAGGUGGCUGCCAGUUUCCUUACUCUGGCCAUUCCAGGAUUAGAGACAGAGGCAAGGGGCAGGACCCGCAUCUGCCAGCAGAUCUGCCACCUACGGCUUGGAGAAAAGGGCUCGAAGCUGGCAGAGCUGGCGACUGUGCACAGAGUGACAGCGGGCAAGGGGAGAGUCCCUGCCAUCACUGGCACUAACAUCAACAACUGGCUCGCCUACGUCUGCAUUGACAAUCACCUCCACCAAGGACACUCUCCCAACAGCCAAACCCAGGCUCAACAGGCGGUGCUCAAGUUCAGCAAGAAGCUGAGCAUCCAGCAGAUCUUACUGGUUCCAACUCUCAGUGUGGAGCUCAUCAACGACCACUUCUGGCCCGUCCUUCGCCCUGGUCUUCUCACACAGCAGCUGCUGCAGAACCCUCCACUUGUGGAGUGCAGUCUUAUCUCUAGCUUCUCUACUCCCAUCUCUGUCAGCACUAAUGUAGAGCACUACCUCUUCCUACACGACCUUGUGGUCAACUAUAUUGAGUAUCUGGAGAGACACAAAGUUCCCCUCAGAGAUACAGAGGCAAGUGCUAAAAAGGAGAUGACAACGGAGGAAGAGGUGGACAAGGGAGGAGAGAGCAAGCGGCAGUUCCAGUGUGUGUGUUGGAAGCUGGAGCCUCGACUGACCCUACUGUCAUCAGUCAGUGGAGAGUUCAAUCCUCACAUCAACUGGCUACUCCAGAAACUUGGCUUCAAACAUGCCCAGACCACCAUUCCCAAGUGGGUGCAGAGGGGAGUCAUGGACCCUCUUGACAAGACAGUGGCUCUCGCUGUGGAGCAGCUCAUGCAGUUCAGCGGCAAGAAGAAACUGAAAUUUCUGGCAAACUCUCCUAAGUAAAUACGUAAUCAACUGAUUAAACCAGGGCACAAGACUUGGUUUCGUGAUUAUUACAGCAGUUUUCAUGCUUCUUUGCACCGUCAAUUAAGCUUAAAGCAGUGUGUGCAUGCGUAAGUUUUGAAACAUUUAGGGUUUACAGAGGUACCUUGAAACCUCACAGCUUUUCAUUAACCCUCGGCGCGCAUGCGCAGCGAGGGUUACUGUAGUUGGGUUUGUCUGUCUGUUGCUCUCAAUCUCACUUCUUGAGUGUUUGUUCGUCUCACAAAGGAUAUGAUCUACUUAACGGGCAAUGAAGGUCAGAAAUUUCGAACGGUUUUCUCUGAAAGUGCUCCGUUGCAA